AUGCCACCUAUUCAACUGAACGGCAACUAUUUUUUCUACGUUAGUUCUUCUCGCCGUAAGAGCAGAAAGGCUCAUUUCUCCGCCACCUCCGAUGUUCGUCGUAAGAUCAUGAGUGCUCCUUUGUCCAAGGAACUCCGUGAGAAGCACAGCGUUCGUUCUAUCCCUGUUCGCAAGGAUGACGAAGUUAUGGUUGUCCGUGGUACCUACAAGGGUCGCGAAGGUAAGAUCGUCCAAGUCUACCGUAAGAAGUGGGUUAUCCACAUUGACCGUGUCUCUCGCGAGAAGGUUAACGGUGCCACUGCCCCCAUUGGUAUCUCUCCCUCCAAGGUCGUUAUCACCAACCUCAAGUUAGACAAGAGCCGUGUUGCUAUUCUCGAACGUAAGGGUGCUGGUAAGAAGGAUGCCAUGAAGCAAUAAAUUUGUUUAAUCCAAAUUUAAAAAAAUCAUUGGAAUUGAAAAAGUUUUUUUAUUCGAACCUAUGAAUAAUCUAAUAAAUAUCCUUCCUUUUCUAAACUCUCA